AUGACAUCCAUCCAAUUUACCUUCUCUUCAGCAUUCAUUCUAGGGCUGACAGGCCUCGCGUUCAAUCGAACACAUCUCCUAUCAGCGCUUUUAUGUCUUGAAGGCAUAAUACUCUCUCUAUACAUUGCUCUCUCCAUCUGAACCUUGGAGACGGGCUCCACCAGCUCUUCUGCUUUACCUCUAUUUCUUCUGGCUAUCUCAGCUUGUGAAGCAAGCGCAGGUCUUGCUCUUCUAGUAGCCACAGCCCGAACCCACGGCACCGACCGCCUGCAAAGCCUAAAUCUCUUACAAUGCUAA